AUGACAGGAUCUGGGAGACCUCCACCUGUCAGUAAUGUUAGAAGGCCAUCAGAUGUCAUCAGUUUGGAAGGAUGGGGUGCUCUAUGGAGAGGCCUUAGACCUGGAUUAGUCCGAGAUUCCAUUUUUGGUGGCGUAUUUUUUUCAAGCUGGCAAUUUUUACACAGAGCGAUGCUGGAAUGGAAAGCAGUUGGAAUGGAUCCCAUACCCAGGUUUGAUGAAGAAAUUGGGCCAUUGUCUCCAGUAGCUGUUAGUCUUGCAGCUGGACUUUCUGGUUCAAUAGCUGCAGCUGCCUCUCAUAGUUUCGACACUGCCAAAAGUCGAUCGCAAUGCAUUGUGCUCCCUAAGUUUGUAUUGAAGGAGAGGAAAUUCCUCAAAUGGAAUAGACCAGGAAAGAGAUUUGAGAGACUUACCGGGAUCCACCCUGCAGAUAGGAAUUUACUGAUGAAUGGCAUAUGGUUGCGGAUGGCUCGUUCUGGACUUGCAUCGUUUGCCGUUGUAGGAACUUACUACUGGGCUGUUGAUCACCUCGUUGCGCAAUGA